GCUGCUAGGUUCUGCGUGAAAGUCUCUCUGGAAGAACCAAGACACUGCUAGCCAGCAAACACGUUAACUACGAAAAAAAAUUUGUUUUGCCGUCUUGUUAGUGCUUCUAACAAGAUGGCAAGAACAAUUUAGCUACCUGAGAUAAAAGGAGCCCUUUACCGAAGUGGCAAGUGACCUGCACUCUGCGACAUGAUUGGACAAAGAUUUAACGAUGUUUGAUACUUGUUCUGAUACUUGUAGUUGUAGAUAUUAUUAUUAUUAUUAGUUUAACACAUAUUUAAGGUUACGUGCAGUGCUUGAAGUGGGGAGAAACAGGUGCUGGUAUUCCUCUUGUUAUUCAGUACUGGGUGCUGGCACUUCCUUUUUAUUCAGUACUGGGAGCUGGUACCCCACUUGUUAUUCAGUACUGGGUGCUGGCACUUCCUUUUUAUUCAGUACUGGGAGCUGGUACCCCACUUGUUAUUCAGUACUGGGUGCUAGCACUCCCCGUUUAUUCAGUACUGGGUGCCGGUACUCCCCUUGUUAUUCAAUAACAGGUAUCACUACUCCCCUUGUUAUUCAGUACCAGGUGUCACUACUCUCCUUGGUAUUCAGUACUGGGUGCUGGCACUCCCCGUUUAUUCAGUACUGGGUGCCGGUACUCCCCUUAUUAUUCAGUACCAGGUGCCACUACUCUCCUUGGUAUUCAGUACUGGGUGCCACCACUCCCCUUGUUAUUCAGUACUGGGUGCCAGUACUCCCCUUGUUAUUCAGUACUGGGUGCCGGUACUCCCCUUGUUAUUCAGUACUGGGUGCCGGUACUCCCCUUGUUAUUCAGUACUGGGUGCCGGUACUCCCCAUUUAUUCAGUACUGGGUGCCGGUACUCCCUUUGUUAUUCAGUACCUGGUGUCUGUACUCCUCUUAUUAUUCAGUACCAGGUAUCACUACUCUCCUUGGUAUUCAGUACUGGGUGCCACCACUCCCCUUGUUAUUUAAUACUGCGCGCUGAUACUCCCCUUGUUAUUCAGUACUUGGUGCCGGUAAUCCCUUAUUAUUCAGCACUAGCAGAUACUGAGAGGUGCCAGUACUCAGAAGAGAAAAACAGAGGUGCUGGUACUGAGUACCGUGUGAGAGUGCCGCCAUGUGGAGAGCUCUCCUGAUCCUAGGAGGUUUCCUGCCCCUCUGCUCUGGCUACAGUGGGCAGAGGGGGGUGGGCUGUCGUGUGGUGAACCAGACGGCCGACUGCAGCCACCAGAACCUCCUGCAGAUCCCCGAUGACCUCCCCAGUAACCUUACCAGCCUCGACGUGUCACACAACCGGCUGCGGACUCUGAACGUGGCGGUGUUGGGCCGGUACUGGGGGCUGCGGCUGCUCCAGGCCGGCUACAACAACGUGCGGACGCUGGAGGCGGGCCUGUGCCUGGCACUGCCACACUUGACACAGCUGCACGUGCAGCACAACGAGAUUCGCAACCUGCGGGAACAGGACCUUCUCAACUGCUCCAAGCUGAUGGAGCUCAACCUGACCUCCAACCGGCUGAAGCUCAUAGGGGAGCCCUUCAGGCCGCUGCAGAAUCUGACGUCUCUGGACGUGUCUGUGAACGGUUUGAACUCGACUCGGCUGGGGAAACAGCCACAGCUGCGGAGUCUGGAGCAGCUCUCGCUGUCGGGGAACAAAAUCUUCAUCCUGCAGAAAGAUGACUUCUCCUGGCUCAAUCAGUCCUCAGUCCGGGUGCUGAGGAUGGCCUCACUGCCACUCAGGGAGCUGAACCCAGGCUGCCUAAAGCCUCUGAGGGAACUGGAAGAGCUGGUGCUGGACAGAACCAAGCAGAGCCCGCAUCUUGUGGAGAAUUUGUCCCGGGAGCUUGCAGGCAGCGCCAUCCGCUGGCUGUCGCUGCAGAACAUGCAGCUUGUCUCUGUCACCAACACCACAUUUAUGGGCCUGCAGGACACCAACCUCACCUCCAUGGACCUUUCCCACAAUGGCAUGAGCUCCAUCGGUUCCGGAUCUUUCCGCUGGCUUCACACUUUGGAGGAUUUGUCGCUGCAGGGGAACAGUUUCUACCAUCUCACCAAGGACACAUUUACAGGGCUAGGGAACCUAAAGUCACUGAAACUGCAGAGGGCGUUGGUGAACAAUGCCCUUAUAGAUGACUACACCUUCCAGCCGCUGAAGCGCCUGGAGUCCCUCUGGCUGGAUGAAACGAAAUUGCACAACCUGUCGGCACACACCUUCUCGGGCCUGUCGAGCCUGCAGAACCUGAGUCUGUCUUGGAGUCUGGCAGGCCUCAGCACGGUGACCAAUAGCACGUUUGCAUCGCUGGCCGACUCGCCACUCCGCAUGCUCAACCUGACAGCCGCAAACAUCAAGCUGCUCCGCGACGACGCCUUCUCCGGGCUGCGGAACCUCACCAGGCUUUACCUCACGGACAACUUCAUCUCCCAGGUCCUGACCGGGGCUGAGUUCAGGGGCUUGGUCAGCAUUCAGGAGCUCUGCCUGUCCUUCAACAAGCAGAAGAUCCAGCUGAGGCCCUCGUCGUUCGUCAGUGUGCCCACUCUUAAAUCGCUUCUGCUGAGGGGUACCCUCUUGGGGCAGCUGGAUGUUGAGCCGUCCCCCUUCCUGCCCCUGCAGGAGCUCUCGCUGCUGGAUCUUAGCAACAAUAACAUUGCCAUCUUCAGUGCCAACCUACUAAGCAGCCUAGGACAACUCAAAGUGCUGAAAUUGCAGCAUAACAACCUGGCAGACAUGUGGAAGAGCGUCGCCCCCAAAGGCCCCACAUUCUUCCUGCAGGGCCUGGAGAACCUCACGGUUCUGGAGCUAGACUACAACGGCCUGGACGAGAUCCCGGCCCAUGCCUUCAGCAGCCUCCGGCAGCUGCAGGACCUCAGCUUGGCUGGGAACGUGCUGAAAUUUCUGCACGACGGCGUGUUUAGCGACCUGGUCUCGCUGCGCUCCCUGGACCUGCGGAAAAACCAUAUCACCUCGGUUCCGCAGGCUGUGUUCCAGCCGGUGCUGCGGAACCUGACCGUGCUGCGUUUGGGCCAGAACCCGUUCGACUGCACCUGCGACAGCAUCUUCUGGUUUGUGGACUGGCUCAAUACCACCAAUGCUAGUGUACCCCAGCGUGACUCAGCCUACAUCUGCAACACCCCCCCCGCUUACUUCAAUAAAUCCGUCACACGGUUCAACGGGCUGUCGUGCAAGGACAUGACCCCCUUCCAGACCCUGUUCGUGCUGAGCAGCACCACAGUGCUGGUCCUCAUGGGCACUGCCCUCCUGCUCCGCUUCCAGGGGUGGAGGAUACAGUUCUACUGGAAGGUGGUGGUUAGCCGCACCCUGGGCUUCAGGGAAGUGGACCUGGGCGAGGAGAGGUUCCUGUAUGACGCCUAUGUGAUACAUGCUCCGGAAGACAGGAAGUGGGUGGAUCGGCAUCUCCUGCCACUGGAGGAGGAGGAGAAUUUUGGGUUCUGCCUGGAGGAUCGUGACUUUACUCCGGGCACUUCGCGACUCGAAAGUAUAGUGGAGAAGAUGAGGCAAUCCAGGAAGAUAGUGUUUAUCGUCACGGAGACGCUCCUGAAGGACCCCUGGUGUACACUGUAUAAGGUGCACCACGCCAUGCACCAGCUGAUCGAGGAGAGCCGGGACUCGGUGGUGCUGGUGUUCCUGGAGGAUGUGCCGGACCAUCGGCUGAGCCGGGCGCUGUUGCUGCGACGUGGCAUGUUGCGCCGCUCCUGUCUGCUGCGCUGGCCCCCCGAGCGUGCCCGCAGGCCCGCUUUCCGCCUCAGCCUCAAGGGGGCGCUGGGCUCCACCAAUCGCGUGCACAAGACUUGAGGCGUCUCCUGCAGACCGGGAUGUGGAUGGGCUUGUGGCGUCUUCGAGGAAGCGUGGGUGGGAGAUGCUUUCGUGGGAGAUAUUUAUGGUUAAGCUUCUUUUUAAGGGAUGGAAGGAUCAGAAGAGGGUGACACGAGGUGGAAAGAUUCAGCAGAGGAAACUGCCAUUCCAUUAGAAGGCUGGUUCGUGACCACGAACAAUUUUUAGCUGUGGGAACCCAGUGCUGCUUUGCAUGCUGGGAUUGACCAUGUGACUCUAAGAUGAAACAUUUUUGAUGAUAAUAAAGAGCAUUUUUGUUACGCA